CCCGGUAGCGAUGGCCGGGGAGCUGAGCCAGGAGGCCCUGCUGGACUUUCUGUGCCAGGCCGGGGGCCGAGUGCGUAACGCCGAGCUGUUGAGCCACUUCAAGGGCUUCCUGCGCGACCCUCACGUGCCCCCCGGGCAGCUGCAGCAGCGUCGGGAGCUCUUCAAGGGCUUCGUGAACUCGGUGGCCGCAGUGCGCCAGGACCCCGACGGCACCAAGUACGUGGUGCUCAAGCGGAGGUACAGGGACCUGCUGGGGGAGGAGGGCCUGCAGCGACCCACCCCCGCAGAGAGACCGCAGCCGGGCCGCCACCGCCCGCGGGACCCGGAGGCGCAGAAGCCGCCGCCGGCAGGUGCUGCGCCCCGGGUGGACUCGGGUGGCGAUGAGCUAGCCGGCAGCAGCGCGCGGGAGGCGGCCGGGGCCGAGCACGGCCCCAGGGACAGCCCGAGCCGGGGGACCCCGGGGCCCGCGGCUGCUCAGACCAGAGGCAGGUGUGCGGCUGCGGAGACACGGGGCCGCUGCUGCUGGGAAUGCCAACAGAAUGGCUGGGGGGACCCCACCGGACAGCAUCUGCCCGGAGAUCUCGAGGACCCUGCGGCCGCCAGUGAGGAGCCAGAGCUCGUCGCCGCGACCGCCCCCGAUGGCCUCGGAGCUCCCGGGUGGCUGCGGGAAGGAGCGUCGGCUGAGCGAGCGCCGGUGUGUGCAACGCCUGACUGGCCUCCGGCCGCCAUCGAGGCUGCUGGGAGCCCGACGUCCCCGCCCGCUCUCCUGCCCCUCCCGGCUCCCUCCAGUGAGCCGCUGGAGCUGUUUACCGCCGGCUCCCCGACCCAUCCUACCCAGCAGCUGCAGCAGCAGCAGCAGCAGCAGCAGCGCACUCGAGAGUGGGUAAGCAGAUGCCCGCAGAUGCCUGAGGCCGGGAACCCCGGCCCCACUCGCGCCUGGUCGGUGGUGCCAGACGACUUCCUCCAGCUACCCUUGGAAACCGCCUUUGGGGUCUCGGAGACAAACUCUGGGCUGCCAGAGCCCGCAGUGUCUCUUCAUUCUCUCCUGCCUGUGGUUCCUGAUGAGUCCUCAGAAUCCUGGCCCGGGAACCUUCCACCCACUGUCUUUCGAAGCAUUCGCUGUCAGCUGUCCCUCCAGGAUCUGGAUGACUUUGUGGAUCAAGAGAGCCACGGCAGCGAGGAGAGCAGCAGUGGACCCAAAGAGUCGCCCGGAACCCCCGAAGAGGGGCAGCAACCUGUCCUGGGAACUUCCUCUUGGGGAGAGCUCAGGGAUCCUAUUGAGGGCCUGUCUGUGUCUUCAAAUGACAGCAGCCCCAGACGGAUCCGGCGGAGCCUCAGAAUUAAAGGGAAUGUGCCCAAUUCUAGGAAGGUCUCAACGGUAGCUAAAAGCCUUGGAGACCACCCCCAGGAGGCUUCGCCCUGGCCAGCCCCCAAGUUCCGGAGGUCUCUCAGGAGGAGCGCCCGUGCUGGGGGAACCAAAUCCUCCUCGUCCUCUGAUGAGGAGCAUCUUGAUGAAGACUUGUUGAAAAGGAGCCGGCGCCCACCUCGGUCCAGGAAACCUUCCAAGGCAGGAACCAUGCCCAGCCCAAGGGUGGAUAUGGUUUUGAUACAGAAUUUGGCAGAUGCUAAUGUUGUGGCAGGUCAGCCACACACCUCAUGGGCCCCCAACAGGGAUGGAUCUGCAGCCUUGACACCCCACAGGCUUUCUGAGCACAGGUCACCCCUUGUCCCUCUAGAUGCCAGAGAACAUGAAUGGAUUGUGAGGCUUGCCAGUGGCUCCUGGCUUCACGUGCAGACUUUGUUCUGGGAAGAUCCCCAGUUGGCUUUGCACAGAGACUUCCUGACCGGGUUCACAGCCUUGCACUGGCUAGCAAAGCAUGGUGACCUGCGUGCCCUUCAGGACUUGAUCUCUGGAGCCCAGAAGGCAGGGGUUGCACUAGAUGUAAACGUGAGGUCCAGUUGUGGCUAUACACCACUGCACCUCGCAGCUAUUCACGGCCACCAGGGAGUCAUCAAAUUGCUAGUGCAAAGGUUGGCUUCUCGGGUGAAUGUUCGGGACUACAACGGCAAGAAGCCAUGGCAGUAUCUGAACAGUAAUGCUACUGGGGAAACAUGGCAGCUCCUGGGUGCACCCCGGGGCAAACCCAUCUUCCCUGUAUAUCCCCUAGUACAAAGCUCCUCCCCAGCCAGGAAAGUCAAGAGCCGGGAAAUGUCUAGAAAUGUCACCCGGAAGUCUUCCUUGGCUGCUUUGCUCAAAACUCAGCACAACAAAUGGAAGUUGGCCAGCCAAUAUGAGAAAUUCCACACCCCGAAGGAGAAAGAAGAGUACAGUGACUGAGGUGGGAUCCUCUCUCCAGAAGGCAGUGUCCCCCACCCACCCACCCAAGCUACUAAGUAGGUGAGAGAACCCAGCGGAAACACAAACUUCUAGGAGUUGGUGAAGAGAAAGGACCAGUGAAAUGGUGUCCUCAAGGGUCAUCUCAACUUCUUGAAGGCUCAUCUGUUUGGGCUGUGAAAUGUAGACAAAAGCAGAGCCAGGCACUCAAGCCCAGGAAGGGUCCCCCUCUCCUGAAGCAGCCAAGGGUCUGAGCACAGGAAGGCACGGUGUUCUCUGCGGCAGUGCCAGGCCUUACUAGAAUGGGAACAGAUGCGUCAGAGAGGCGGUUCGUGGAACUGACAGAGCUCACAUGCUUCCCAGGCUGGAAGCUCUGGCUUCUAUUCAUCUCCAGAAUCAAUCUUGGCUGAGUGGAGAGCACCAGGUUUGAAGUCAGAUGGCUUCCCUUCAUUUUCUUUAUGUGCCUUUUGGCAUUCCAACCAAUGAAAUAAAAUAGUUACUGGAGAGUGUUGAAUUUGAUUGAAGAGAUUUCCUCAGCCCUGUGCCCGAGCCUUCCUGUGAACAGCAUCUAUGGUUGCUUGGUGUAAACUGAUGACUCUCUUCUCUGGGUACCUUUGCCAGCGAUCAGAGAGGCAGAUAGGAGAGAUCAAGGAUGACCUUGACUCCACUCUCCGGAGAAAUGACUCCAUUCAGGCCCUGCCUGUUUGCUGGUGGUGUAUGUUUGUUUUUUGUACCAACCCCAAGUGAGCUGCCCAAGUACGAAAGCAGUUUGGUUCUUCAUUUGUGUGAUGAGUGAAACUCUUCACCCUGAAGGGAAACUCCCCGGGUAGCAAACAGAAUCAUCUCUGACAGCUUCCAAUAGGUUCCAAGGUCAAAGCUGACACUCGGGAAAAGAGAAAGCUGGGGUCUUUCUGGGGAAGUGGGAAGGGUUAACACCAUCAGAACUGUGUCAGGCUGCUAAGUAUGACGUCAUUUGCACUAAACUUCUUGCCAAUCAAGAUUAAAUAUUAGCCUCGAAGUACUGAAUGUCUAACAGGAAGUGUCCCGUUCAGUUCUCAGGAAGACGGAUCAGUGCAGGUCCCUGGCCGAAAUCACAGAGUGACGACUCUGCAAAUCCCAGCAGAAUGUGCAGGUCACCGAAUGUAAAUCCAAAGAGGGCUGAAAAGUUCAAAGUUCAACCAGAGAUGACUUUUUUAAUGGAAAUAUUUUCAUGUGUAGUGGCAAUGAUGCCGUAUUUUUUUAAAGUAUUUUUGUGUUUCUUCUGGUUAUUUUCUCGCAUUAAAAGGCCAGCAGAUCAUUAUAAUUUA